AUGCCUCGUUUGCCCGCCAGGGGAGGCGUGAUCAUGCCCACGGAGCGAUGGAAAGCAUGGACCUGUAGGAUCACCCUGAGACGCAGGUCCACCGCAAAUCUCCGCAUCUACAGACCAGGGAGAACAGGACAGAUGGAACUGAGACCGGUACUCCCAGACUUUUUAGACCCACUGGCCCACAGGCCCGGUUUGGUAACGAUGCAAGCCCAAAACUUGCAGAGCAGCGAGCUCGGUGAUCUGGCUGAAUAG